CGCGCCUCCGCCCGUUUCUCCGGAGACUCCGGCUGAAGGUGAAAGUCGCCCGUUCUGCUGCUGCCUAAUUCCGCGUCGGUCAUCUGUAGAGUCCCGCUGUACCUGUUUUCCCCGCUUCUCAGAAACCGCUAUGUCGGUGUUCAGCGAAGUCCCGCAAGCCGCACCCGUGGCUGUUUUCAAGCUCACGGCAGACUUUCGGGAGGACACCGACCCGAGAAAGGUCAACUUGGGUGUAGGAGCUUACAGGACAGAUGACUGCCAGCCGUGGGUGCUGCCUGUGGUGAAGAAGGUAGAGCAGAUGAUUGUGGAGGACCAGAGCCUCAAUCACGAGUACCUGCCCAUCCUGGGGCUGCCAGAAUUUCGUUCUAGUUCAUCCAAGAUUGCUUUGGGGGAGGAGAGCCCUGCCAUCAAAGAGAAGCGGGUGGGAGGUGUCCAGUGCCUGGGAGGUACUGGGGCCCUGAAGGUUGGAGCAGAGUUUCUUCGACGCUGGUACAACGGCAAUAACAACACAGGAACGCCCGUCUAUGUGUCGACACCGACGUGGGAGAACCACAAUGGUGUGUUCACUGAUGCUGGAUUCCAGGACAUCCGGACGUACAGGUACUGGGAGCCCGAGAAGCGUGGGCUGGCUCUGGCCGGCUUCCUGGCUGACCUGGAGAAUGCUCCGGAACGUUCCAUCAUCCUGCUACACGCCUGCGCCCACAACCCGACCGGCACUGACCCCACCCAGGAGGAGUGGAUGCAGAUUGCAGAUGUGAUGAAGAGGCGGAGUCUCUUCCCCUUCUUUGACUCCGCCUACCAAGGCUUCGCCUCUGGGAGCCUGGAGAAGGAUGCCUGGGCUGUCCGUUACUUUGUCUCCCAGGGCUUUGAGAUCUUCUGUGCUCAGUCCUUCUCCAAGAACUUUGGACUGUACAACGAGAGAGUGGGGAACCUCACUGUUGUGGCCAGCGAUGGCGAGAACCUGGCCCGUGUCCUGACCCAGAUGGAGAAGAUCGUCAGGACCACUUGGUCCAACCCCCCUUCGCAGGGUGCCCGUCUAGUCGCUGUCACACUGACCACGCCGGAGCUGUUUGAGGAAUGGAAGGGCAACGUGAAAACCAUGGCGGACAGGGUUCUGCUGAUGAGGGCGCAGCUGAAGGCCAAGCUACAGGCCCUGGGGACCCCUGGCACCUGGGACCACAUCACCCAGCAGAUCGGCAUGUUCAGCUUCACCGGCCUCAACCCUAAGCAAGUCGAGUUCCUGAUCAAGGAGAAGCACAUCUACCUGAUGGCGAGCGGUCGCAUCAACAUGUGCGGCCUGACCAGCAAGAACAUGGACUACGUGGCCGAGUCCAUCCAUGAGGCUGUCACCAAGAUCCCGUAGGAGGGGCUUCCCCACCUCGCGCCGGCCACCCUGCUGCCCCUAGUACUUCCCGUCCCUGCUUCCGUUAUCAUGCACUUGAUGGAGAAAGAAAAUGGGGGAGGUGGGGGGGUGUUUUCAUAGCAGAUAGUCCCACAAAGCACAUGUCAUUUCAGAUAAUUGCUGAGUAUGGAAGGAAGAGAAUUCGUUCAUGUUUUAGUCAGUGUGUGAUAUUUCUGUGAGUGUUUGUGCAUCUUGUCGGUCUUAUGGGUUUAGUGAGUGUUUUCCUUUUUUUUUUUUUUUUUUUUUUAAAUUCAGGGUUUCUGAGUACUUUCAUUCACAGUGGGGGUUGGGAGAACGAUGUCAUUUUCAAAGGCAUUCGGUUGCUAGGCAAUGUUCUGCAAACUGGCCCAAUGUGCGCUGCUGUUCCUAAGAGCCGGAGGAGUGACCUAAUCUGUAACUCUCCAGCCUUCAAAUGGGGCGGAAGAAUCCUUUCCCACAUUCACGAGGAAUAAAGCAUGAUGAAUCGCCAUGGAAACGCAUGAUGUCACAGUCACGCGCACUUGGUGACACUGGAUAACAUCAAAGUGAGACAGUGCUUCCAAGGUAAUUUAAUUCCUGGCGAUUUAAUCUUUAAUCUUUUACUUUACCAACAUUAUGUGUCAUAUAAAUACUCAAAUUCUUGGCCAUUUUACACAUCGUGAGUGGCGUAUACCUUCGUUGACUUUAAGAAUAAUCGUGUGAAAGUCUGUACUUGAAAGAAUGGCACUGAGACACUGUCUGAAUGAUGUGAUGCAGAAAUUGCUGUUUUCUCCAUUUCUGUUAAAUCUGCAAAAAAAGACAUUUUACAAAUGUACAAUAAAGAAAUUCAACCUGCAGUCUUAUUUAGCCCUGGUUUUACGCUGUCUGGUUAUGUAUGGCUUCUGGGAUCCCAAACAUAUGCCAGUAAUGUGGAAAUACAGAUAUAUUUAUUUGUAACAUAUGUCAGGUUGUACUGCAUAUAAGAAAAGAAAUGGCUGCCUGACUACAUUACCCAUAGUCUCAGUUGGUGACCCUGACCUGUGGUGCAGGGUCACAAAGGAUGCUGGGUAAAGUAGUUUCAGCAGAUAGACUGUCUGCAUGUUGCUUCAGUUAUUGGUUUCAUCCAGCGCUCCUUUGCUGCGUGUGCCACCUCUACCCGUAUGUCCUCCAAAGCAAGCAAACAAUGUAUGUUCCUGUGCAUGAACCGGCUUCUAUGCACCACAAUGUCAUGCUGUAGGAUGUUGCAAUAAAAGUGAAUUAAUUCAAAAAUAAA